AUGCACACAAGCAACGACUCCCAGAAAAUACCUUCUGGCACAGACGAUGUCGCGAGCAGCAGUGACCAUAGCUCGGGAGAUAACCACACGUCUAUGGAGUACACGGAAGAAGAUCCCUCAGAGUUUCCUGAUGGCGGAUGGCGAGCUUGGUCAGUGGUCUUGGGCUCAUGGUGUGCGUUGCUUCCAACCUUCGGUCUUAUGAAUAUCACGGGGAUUCUAGAGGAGUGGCUAGCAGACCACCAACUGCAAAACUACUCUAAAGCAUCGAUCUCCUGGAUCUUUAGUUUAUGGUUCUUUCUCUUCUACCUCGGUGGUAUUCAAGCCGGACCUGUCUUCGACUCUCACGGUGUUAAGUACACUCUACUUCCGGGGUGUAUCGGUUUUACGGCAUCAAUGAUGAUACUUAGCGUCGCACAUGCGUACUACCAGUUUAUCCUCGGGUUCAGUAUCCUGGGCGGCCUCUCUGCAUCAGCCAUCUUACCACCAGCAUUCGGCACCAUAAAUCACUGGUUUUACAAGCGUCGGGGCUUGGCUACCGGUGUCUCCUCUACCGCCGGUGGGAUCGGGGGCAUCAUAUUCACCUACAUCUUCGGAACGCUGCGAGAUCGAAUUGGGUUUCCUUGGGCGGUCAGAGUGCUUGGUUUCGUGUUCCUGGGCUGCUUUAUCGUUAGCACGUUCUUCACCAGAACGAGACUGCCUUCAAAUAACUCCAAGGGCCGCAUGAUUGACCUUCGUUCCCUACGAGAACCAACAUUCACAAUGACUUCCAUCGCUGUCACCGCCGCAGAAGUCGGCCUGAUGGUCGUUCUCACAUAUCUGCCUUCAUAUGCUUCGUCGCACGGUUUAACCGGUCCCCUAUCAUACGAGCUGAUGUCUAUCUUCAGCGCCGCAUCUAUUCCAGGCCGAGUUAUCCCCGGUAUUCUAGCAGAUCGCUGGGGCCGGUUCAACGUCAUGAUCAUCACUGGGUCUAUUUGUACUAUACUGAUCCUUGCACUAUGGCUUACGGCCAAUGAGAGCAAAGCAGCUAUUAUAAGCUUCGCUGUCUUUUUCGGCUUCUGGGCCGGUCCGGCUAUUAGUCUGUCGCCGGAUUAUGGCAAACGAUAUGGGACGACAACUAUUCCAGUGGCAGGAGAGAUUCUCAAGGCGCAGAAUCCGUCGACGCAUGAGGAGACGACGUAUUGGGGAUUGAUUGUCAUGUGCGGGGUGGCAUAUGCUUGCUCGAUACUGUUCCUGAUACUGACCAAAGUAUUGAAGGUAAAACAAAGACGCUAG